AUGAACGACGUCCAGGAGAAGGACCCGGUUCCCUCUGAUCCUCCUCCUCUUAAGGACUUGGAAAAAGUUUUGUACGGAGGAAAAAGAUUUGGCAAUCGUGUGGAUGAAGUAUGGCCCAAUCUCUUCAUUGGAGACAUGUCAGUUGCCAACGAUCGCUACAGUUUGUGGAAGCUGGGAAUCACCCACGUUUUGAAUGCUGCUCACGGGAGGAUGUACUGUCAAGGGAGUCGUGACUUCUAUGGAUCCAGCGUGGACUACCACGGCGUGCCUGCUGAUGAUUCACCAUCCUUUGACCUCUAUGGCUAUUUCUUCCCCUCCGCCGAUUAUAUUCAGGAGGCACUUGACACGUCUGGUGCAAAGGUUUUUGUGCAUUGUGCAGUUGGAGUGAGCAGAUCUGCCUCUCUUGUCCUGGCUUACCUAAUGAUCCACCACCAUUACUCACUACUGGAUGCCAUCAAAAGGAUCAAAGAGCGCAGAUGGAUUUUCCCAAAUAAGGGAUUCCUGAAACAGCUCCGCGCUUUGGACAUAAAACUGCGCAGGACUUCAUGAAAAGAGCGCAUGAGUUACUGGUGGGCUCCGAUUACCAUCGUGUGAACAUUUAUAAUCCCCCCAAGGAACAUCUGGU